UCUCCAGGGUGAAUUGCUAACACACUACACAAGGACUCACCCUGAGGGCUUUUCGAUACCCCAGAGAUUCAUAAUACUAAUUUAGAGUUUGGUAGGCAAGUGUGAGGCCCCCUCAUGCAGAACCACAGGAAAUGAAUAAACCACCUCAGCCUAUAACAGGACCCCCUGCCGUUCCCCACCCCGCCCAAUCGCCAGGACUGACACAGGCUGCCUAUCCCCCAGGUCAGCCUCCCUCUGUUGUUUUUCCCGGGCCAUCUCCACAAAUGAACACUGCACCGCAACCCAGACAGCCGUACUACCCUAACCGGCCCAACAUGCAAGGCAGUGCCCCUCGGGUCCCACCCAGCAGCACCCCCCGGUCUGUUGCACCCACUCAUGUCUACCAACCUACCUCACAGGUUAUGAUGAUUCCCCAGCAACAGUUGCAAUUCGCCAACACUCAGGGCCAUGCCAUUUUCCUACACGGACAGUACCGCACCCCCUACAUGCAGCCAACGCAGCAGUACUCUGCAGGCUUUUACCCUGGAAGCAGUCCAGCUGAAUACGGUACAUAUGAUCCCUCUCUGGCAGGGAGGGAGAGGCAGGGGGGUGGGGGAAGAGGUGCAGGUAGAGAGAACGGACGUCUCUCGCUGCACGGAGCUCCUCUCACCUCCCAGCGCUAUCCUGCGGCUGCCUAUUAUCCUGCAACACAGCAGUACCCAACAUCAGUGUCCGCCACGUCUGUCAUGAUACCCGCUCAACAGCAACCAGCUCCACCUCCACAGCAAGCUCCACCUCUGCAGUCAGGACCAGUCAAACCGAGAGAGCGCAAACAGAUCAGAAUACGUGACCCCAACCAGGGUGGACGUGACAUCACAGAAGAGAUCAUGUCUGGUGGGAGAGCGACCUCCACACCCACUCCUCCACAGACUGCUGGUCCAGAGGUGGGAGGUCCUGUCCAGACCAAUGGUGAAAGUGUUCCACCUGUUGCUGCUGUGAUCAGAGCUGAUGAUCAAGUGAAGUCCAUGUCUCCUCCUCCAGCUGUGUCCACCCCUCCUCCAUCAAAGACGCCAGAGCAAGCCCCCGUUGCAUCUUCAGCAGCUGACUCUAAACCCGUGCCAGAGAUCAGACCUGCUUCACCUGUGAGCAAGAUUCCCAUUCCUCCAGAAGAAGACCCAGCAAUAUCCCCAGCACUCACACCUUCUCCUCCUCCAGCAAGCAAUCCCCAACUUUCAAAGCCUCAAACUGGUGACAGUGUGGAUGCUCCAGUACUCCCUGAUGCCCCAGUUCAAAAGAAGGAGCCUGAGGACGCCCCUCCAGUGGAGCCAACUUCUACUGGGAUUGAGAAAGAGGAGUCAGAGGUAGCCAAAGAGAAAGAGCCUGAACCUGUGGCCGAAACGGAGGCUGCAUCUGAUUUAUCUAGCCCGGCUGAUAUCAUCUCCACCCCUGUGGAGCCUCCUCCUGCUGUAGCUAAUGAUGGUGACGUUGCUUCUGAGGACACCGCCCCUCUAUCCACGGAGACACCCAUUCUGGAGCCAGUCGUUGAUGAGCCAAAGGAACAGCCUUUGCUUAAUGGUUUGCCUGAGGACUCUGCAGAGGCUCCAGUAGUGAAGCCAGAGAGCUCCACUAAUCCAGUUGCUGAACAAGCGGUUCCUCAAGUUCAACAGAGCUGCCUUAUGGCUGCGGAAGCACCUGUAGAGGAAGCAGAGAAGGAGAAAGCAGAGGAGACGCCUGCCCCUGUAACAGUCUGCCCUGUUGAGGAAACGACUAUGCAAGCUGCCGUGACAACAGUGCCAAAGAAGAAAAAGAAGAUCAAGGAUCUGAAUAAGAAAGAUGUCGGAGAUGUCCUAGAUGCCUUCAAAGAGCCUGAGGAGGAAAAGCCUGCUCCUGAGCCAGAGAAAGAGCCUUCCCCUGCUCCAACCCCUGCCCCACCAGCUGAAGAGUCAGACGAAACAUGGGAGGCCAAAGAGGACAAGCUUGACCCAGAAAAUACUGAGCCUGAGGCGUCUAAACCUGUGGAACAGAAGUAUCAAUAUAAAGAAGAGCAAUGGAAGCCCAUCAACCCAGAGGAGAAGAAACAAUAUGAUCGAGAAUUCCUGCUUGGCUUCCAGUUCAUUGGUGCAAGCAUGCACAAGCCAGAGGGUUUGCCGCACAUCAGUGACGUUGUCUUGGACAAGGCAAAUAAAACCCCCUUGCGACCCUUGGAUCCCAGGAGUCUGAUGAACUGUGGGCCUGAUUUUACACCUUCAUACGCUAACUUGGGUAGACAGUCAUCUGGCGGAGGAGGGCGAGGACCGUCUGCACGGCGCCCUCAGCCAGGUCGAGGCAAAGACCAAAUGAAUCGCAACCCCAAGAUCAUCACCAGCUUGUCUCUUAAAGACAAUGUGGAACUGAACCAGGCUGAGAAUGCUUGGACGCCUUCAGUGAAGAAGCAAGUCCGAGGUCGUGGAGGAGAGGAGGAUGAGGAAGAGACCGAAGCUGUGAAAACGCAGGAGCUGUUUCGCCGCGUACGCAGCGUCCUUAACAAGCUCACGCCACAGAUGUUCCAGCAGCUGAUGAAGCAGGUGACCGAGCUCUCUAUAGACACAGAAGAGAGGCUCAAGGGUGUCAUUGACCUUAUCUUCGAGAAAGCCAUCUCCGAACCCAACUUCUCUGUAGCUUAUGCCAACAUGUGCCGCUGCCUUAUGGGGCUUAAAGUCCCCACUUCAGACAAACCGGGAGUCACUGUGAAUUUCCGUAAACUACUACUCAAUCGUUGUCAGAAGGAGUUUGAAAAGGACCAGGAUGAUGACGAGAUCUUUGAGCAGAAACAGAAAGAGCUGGAUGCUGCCGCUGAGGAAGAGGAGCGUCAGCGCCUGAAGGAGGAGCUGGAGGAAGCCAAGAACAAGGCACGUAGACGGUCGCUUGGAAACAUCAAGUUCAUCGGAGAGCUGUUCAAGCUGAAAAUGCUGACAGAACCCAUCAUGCAUGACUGCAUUGUCAAGCUCUUGAAGAACCAUGAUGAGGAGAGCUUAGAGUGCCUCUGCCGGCUGCUCUCCACUAUCGGAAAAGAUCUAGACUUUGAGAAAGCUAAGCCUCGAAUGGAUCAGUACUUCCACCAAAUGGAGAAGAUCAUUAAAGAUAGGAAGACCUCUUCUAGAAUCCGCUUCAUGCUUCAGGAUGUUUUAGACCUCCGAAAGAACAACUGGGUGCCCAGAAGAGGAGAUCAGGGUCCCAAAACCAUUGAUCAGAUCCAUAAAGAGGCAGAGCUGGAAGAACAUAGAGAGCAUAUCAAAGUACAGCAACAGCUGCUGUCUAAGAAAGACUCCAGUCAGGGUCGAGGGGGCCGUGGUGGGCCUCACUCCUCUGGGGGCCGUGGUAGCCAGACCCAAGAUGAGGGCUGGAACAUAGUGCCUAUUACCACUAAGAACAGACCGAUUGACACCAGCCGCCUCAGUAAAAUUACUAAGCCUGGUGAUUUUAACAACCAGCUGCUGGCUCCGGGAGGAAAAGGCUCAUGGGGUAGCUGGGGCAAAGGGAGCAGUGGAGGCACAGGAGCCAAGUCCACUGGAGAUCAAGACCAGGGGAGACCGGCCACUAGCACGCUCAACCGCUUCUCUGCAUUGCAGCAGUCUGGACCCCCUUCAUCAUCAUCCUCCUCCUCACUUGACUCUGAUCGUAGAGUGCCUCAAAGGAACAGCUCCAGUAGAGACCGUAGCGAUAGAGAUCGCGGUGACCGAGACCGGGAUCGCUUUGAACGAUUCGAUAGUAGGCGGGAAGACCGGGACCGAGGCCUCGACAGACCCCGUCAGACCAUCACCAAACGCAGCUUCAGCCGUGAAAAUGAGGAGCGCAGAGGCGGCGACAGCCGUGGGCCACCGGAUUCUGUACGCCGUGUGGCCAGCAUGACAGAGAACCGCGAUCGAGGCAGUCGAGAGCGUGAUAGAAGCAAAGAGACAGUGAAGCCAGUGUCGGCUCCUGCUCCACCACCACCUGUUCAAGCCAAACCCGCCCUGAGCGAGGAAGAGCUGGACAAGAAAUCCAAAUCAAUAAUUGAAGAGUAUCUCCACAUCAACGACAUGAAGGAGGCGUUGCAGUGUGUGCAGGAGCUGAACAGCACCUCUCUGCUCUUCGUGUUUGUACGGAACGGUGUAGAGUCCACUCUAGAGCGCAGCACCAUCGCUAGAGAGCAUGUGGGCCUGCUGUUUCAGAAGCUUGUUAGUGCUGGAAUAUUACCUCCUGAGCAGUACUACAAGGGACUGCAGGAGAUUCUGGAGAUAGCAGAUGAUAUGAGCAUUGACAUUCCUCAUAUUUGGCUCUACUUGGCUGAGAUCAUCACACCCAUGUUGCAAGAGGGAGGCAUUCCCAUGGGCCAGCUCUUCAGGGAAGUGUCCAAACCUCUUCUCCCUAUGGGCAAAGCAGCAAUCUUGCAUGUUGAAAUACUUAACCUUCUCUGCAAAGGACUGAGCCACAAAAAAGCUGGAGUUAUGUGGUUGGAGGCAGGACUCAGCUGGAAAGACUUUCUGCCUGAAGAUGAGGAUGUCAAUAAGUUUGUUACAGAGCAGAAAAUGGAGUUCACUCUGGGUGAGGAGUCUGAGAAACCCAGUAAGAAGGAGCUGACUGCUGAGGAGCUGAGUAAACAUUUGGACAGGUUGUUACAGGAAAAAGCCAACAACCAGAGGAUCUAUGACUGGGUAGAGGCCAACCUAGAUGAGCAGAAGAUGAGCUCCAAUCAGUUUGUGCGGGCCCUGAUGAUGUCUGUGUGUCAGUCUGCCAUUAUAUGUGAGAACCCCUACAAGGUGGAUGUGGAGCAGAUUACCCAAAGGGCCAAGCUGCUGCAGAAGUACCUCUCUGAUGAAACGAAGGAGCUGCAGGCACUCUAUGCUCUCCAGGCUCUCAUGGUGCAGAUGGAGCAGCCCCAAAAGGACUAG